UGUCUUUCCAUCAUCCACUCGAUAUCGGCCUCAUCGAGAGCGUCUGGCAGAUCGCCAUCGGCAGUGUGGAAAGAGCAUCAGUCGCCAAAAUGGCGUCUUCCACCCUGCGCCGAUCGGUGCACGCGACCAUGACAACGAUAUCGAGCGCAUCCGCGGAAGUCACCAGAGCCGCCAUUAACCUCCCAUCCACUUAUCACAACUAUGUCGCGCACAAUGCUGCAGCAGUAUCCAACAUCGAAAGCAGUCUCCGCUCACUGACAUAUCUCCUCCCGGGCGCCAGAUUUCACGACUCCGAACUCGCCUCCGAAUCAGUCCACACCUUCGUCCAACUCCUGUCAAUCUAUCAUGACCACCUUCUCAAGAAGCGCGCCGCUCUUUUGGCGCUCUCACCUACAGUUCUCAAAGCUAGAAACCACACGGUUCAAAGACCGAAACCUUCACUCCACGCUCGCUACACGACGUUCUGGACGACCUCGUCCUCGCUCUACACAAAGAUUGGAACAUUGCUAAAAGUUGCACAAUACACAGAAUUACUAUGGGAGAUGCUCGCGCGGCGAAGAGGUGGUGAGAAAACACGAUGGCGUGUGGUCGUUCUGCUCGAGUCCUUCAAGGCGAUUUGCCGCUUACUACUCCUGCGCUUGACAAAUUCGCGACCACUCGUCAGCCCGCCAAUGCCGCUGCGCGAAGACUUUGCGCCUGUCGAGCCCGAGGAGGACGACGAAUUUGCAGAGGAAGAGCUAAAGGGGGAUUCAUUCGAUGUGAAAACCGCAUUGGGUGAUGCUGGCGUGCCGACACCUCCGCUUUCAGAUUCCGGCAAUGGGAAACCGACCUCAAGUCUGUCGAUCUCCGAACCGUACAGCAUGCCGCGCACAGGAUUCACUCUGCCUACCCUACCUACGCCGGACAGUGUGUCGGCCUAUUUGUUGAAUCACGUCCUCACGGCCGACGACGUCAAACCCGCGAAGCAGUUGCUGCACCAAUUGACUACUUUGCGUGGGCAGGCUGCGGAGGCGAUGUACAUCCUCCGACCGGUGGUGUAUGCGCUCAUGAUGCAGCGCGUGGCCGCAAUGUAUGGAUAUGAAGGGACGAAGUGGAAGCGUCAUUGGACACCGUGGGUCGUGGGCGUGGCUAUGGAGUACUUUGCCAGACAUCUUGCGAAGAAGGACUUGACGAGUCGGGUGCCGGGAGGAGCCAAGAGUGGGCUGUCCGCACUGGAGAGGGAGGAGUUGAAGAAGCGUGGAUGGAGUCUGGCGUGGUGGGGUAUGCGAGGGGCGUUCUAUGAGAAUGUCACGAAGCGCUGGGUCCACGGUGUUGCGGAGAGAUUGAAGGGACGGCCGAUCUUGGAUCUCGUAGGAGGGGUGGUCGAGGAGUACGAGUGGCUUUGGAGCGAGUAUCAUUUCAGUACGGCGACAAUGUAAUACAAAUCUGGCCACGUCGGGUGGGACGAUCAAGGACUAUGCUCGUUCAGAAGGAAGAUGGAGCAAGGAGGGAACAUAUGGAUACAGGGCAUUGUCGGUCUCGAGCUGGCAUGAGACGAGCUGAUAGGCAAGAAUCAGUCCAGAGAAUUUAAGGCACGGAGCUGUCCCAGCUUGGUGGGGAAAUAUUAUGAUAUAUACUUACGACCUGGAGACGGCUUGGAAUGGAACGGAGCCUCUUUGGACGGCGCGGAGGAGUUUUAUUCUGCGACGAGAUUUGGGAUGGGGAUUGGGGUGGAGCAAUGCAAUGUCUCUUUCAACACAAUCUCAAAUUUGCCCACACUCUGUGACUCAUGGUUGAGUCUGCCCGUCCCAGACAAGUUUGGAAUGAAUAGUCAGACUCGACAUUGAUCGUUGAACGCAUUUCUUACCACAAUGCUCGUGGAGUUCGAGGGUGUCGACUUCGAGAGGCUGACACAGAUUUCUGCUGACAUGGGGAGAAGGAAGUACUGCUACCUAGUAGGUACCCACGAGAAGAAUAC